AUGUGGAUCACUCGGAGACAACCAUAUGGCCUGUGUCCAUGUGGUUGCGAGGUUGAAAAGGAGUUUCGAAUCGCCAGUGAGCCGGUGACAGUACGCCUGCCGUUCUCGACGGAGUUAGAGGAAUCGUACGUAGUGAAACGGGGUGCGGAUUUAAAUUUGACGUGUGUGCCAGUGGAAUCACCGAAUGCGACUGUGAAAUGGACUAAGGACAAAGGAAGAUCUCUGGAUGAGUUAGUUUCUUCAAAUGACACGAAUAUCCUUCAACUGAGAGACAUCCAAAAGUCGGAAAAUUACACGUGUGAGGCAGAGAGCAUCGAAGACGGUCAUAUCGAACGGGCAAAAAUCAUCAUAGUCCAGGACUUACCCCUUGCACCAGUGAACUUGAAGGUGAGUCAGGUGACAGAGUCAUCGUUGAGACUUGCUUGGUCCUACCCAACGUCAUCUUCGAUGUCGACCUUGGAGCCAAAUGAUCCUAAUGUUCAGCACUACACGAUCCUCAUCCGCCCAUUUUUUACGGGCAAGUCCUUUGAAAUCUCCGGCAUCAGUGAACGCCAUCACACUAUUCAACAGCUGAAUCAUAGCAAGGAGUAUGUGUUCUACGUUCGGGCAGUGAAUCUCAUUGGAGAGGGUCCUCUGUCUGAGCGUUACUCUGCCACAACCAAAGGACCGCCGCCAAAAUUUUCACCAGCACACGUGAGGGCCAGAUACCUCAGCCUGACCAGUCUGAUGAUCUCUUGGAUGAAACCUAGUGCCAGUUCUGACGAUUAUGAGGGAAUCAGAGUGGGUCGCCUGUCGGUGGAGGAAGAACUCGCCGACACCCGAACUCGAUCCCUGGCAUCCUGA